AUGCAAGCCUUCAGCCCUCAGAGCCCUGCCGACGAUGCGCUUGGGAGAGAGUCAAAAGCAUUCAGCAGCAACCAUCAGCAGAUCCUGCGCGACCGCGCUCGCAACGGCCGGCGAUCGCGUCUGUGGACAGCCUCGCUCGAAGGAAACGAUCAACCGGAGUACGAGGACUUCAUCGCGAAUCUGCAGAUCCCGUGUCUCAACGCUUCGCGGGCAUCUUUCCUCUUGCAUGACUUGAAUGUCACUACACCGGAUACUACGCCUCAGCGGUCGCGAUUGAAGGAAAUAUUCCAAACGGGUCAGCACACCAUCAUCAUUAACGGGGCGGGAACAGGCAAGACGCGGCUACUUUUUGAGGGUCUUUCCACGCGCUGGGGUCUUUACCUGCCAUGCGUGUCGGGUCCCUCCGCUCCCGGGUCCCUUGAUCUGAACACAGGCCUCCUACAGCUUUCAUCGUUAUCCGCGCGGAAGGAUGCUCCAAAGGCCCAGACGGGCGACCUUGACUCCCGAAGCGCAGGGAUUUUGCGGCGCAUCUUCACGCAGAUCCUGCUGUCCAGAUUGACGCUCUUCGAGCUCUACCUUCGGCAUGCUCCCCUUGAUGACCCGAACGUACGGAUGCGGUGGCUCAGAUUUCAGCUAUUCCCUUCCGCUAAACUGUGUUACGACAUGUUCGACGACUUCUUCAGAGCCAUAUCCGAACACGACGCAAGUAUGGAAUACCUCGAGGGUCGUAUUCGCGAUGCUAUCUUCGGUAUACGAUCCUUACUUGGUCACGACGAGCCCAUAUACUGCGUCGUGGAUGAUGCUCAGCGUGCCCAUCUGCAAAGCUUGGCAGGACCUGGACCUACCACGGCUUUGCGGCAGAUGCUAUUGGUCUGGGAGAGCUUCGAUGCGAUGACGUUCGUGCUGGCGGGGCAGCCGUUUGACUGCUCCCACUUCCAUAACUCAGGCGCUACGCCGUAUCGGGUCUGGACCGACACUGGUUUUUUCGAUGGGGACGAGGAGCAGCGUCGCUACGUGCGUCGCUAUCUACCCCCCGACCUGCAGUCGACGCAAUCGACGGAGAAACUUCUAGACAGAAUUUGCUUAUGGCUUCGAGGACGUUAUCGCAUAACGACCUACUUCAUCUAUUGCCUUCUCACGACCCGCUUUCAAAACCCUCAUACCCUUUUGACGUCCUACGUUCGCAUGUAUGCAGGUAUCCAGCCCGAAGAUGGUCCUAUUCACACGGACUAUCGGUUGCGUAGCGAAUACAAUCGGUUGGUCUCCGGCUACUCUCGGUAUGACCCAAGUCAGACACUCCCUCGCGAUGUCUAUGCGUGGUCUUCGGCACAGAUGGCCCUCCAUCGCCUGAUUGCACUCGGUCAAGGCAGUGUGAUUUUCACAGGAGAUUGCUCUCGUCCGGUCUCUCAUAGGUUUGCUAUGUUCGCGAACUCAGAUGGCUCCGAGGCCAUCUUUUGCGAGCCUUGCAUCAUAUUCCCGCUUGCACGUCUCGUUUUCCACCGUUGGGGCCCUUCGUACGGCUACCUCUGCACGUCCGUCGCCUCUGCCCUUCAAGAUCCACCACACGAGCCGCCCCUCCAUCUUGCCUCGAUCACUCUACUAUUGCUCGCCCUCAAAGGCGAUCGCAAGCUCUGCGACAUCUUCGCAUUGGCGGAGCCAUUCCCGGAGUGGGCGCAGCAGACGUGCAAGCUUGUGCGCCUGUCGCGCUCGGAGGAGGCGAAUACAAUCCAUGCUGUCCCGUACGAGACGCCGUUUCCUGGAGGCCGCGACCAGGAUCCUUGGGCGACCGAAUCGCCAAGCUGGCUACGGCACGAUGCAACGGAGCCCUUUUUCGUUGCGUCCGAGUGUAGUCGGGCGGACUUGCUCUUCGCCGUCCAGCUCGCGGAUGGUGACGUCCUCUUCGUGGCGCUGAAGAUCAUGCUCAAGAACAAGCACGUCGAUGCUCCCAUCGAGAAUAUCGAGUUGCGCUUGGCGAACAUGGAGCCGGACCGUUUGUUCCAGGUAUGGUCUCAAUCUGCCCGGAUUGACAACGAAGAUAUGCUCAACUCCCUUUCGCAGGUACCGACCGGAGCAGGCCUUUCCCUGGAUCUGCAGACGCCGAUCGUUGGCUCGGGUGAACCGCGCGUGUUGCGCGCGUUCGCCACCUUUCCGGAUGCGACCGAUAUCGGCAGUCUGCAGCAGGAUACCUCCUCGCAGCCUAGAGCGGCGCUCAAAAUGGACGCGCUCCAAAAGCUAUCAGAGGAUAUCCCUUGGGAUGCUACGCUGCGGCGAAUAUACUCUGCGCUUAUUGAUCGUCGCAAGCAACUCAUGGUGGGCGACGAAUCAGUACGGGUGGAUGUUGAGGGCACAAUUGCAGACACGGAGUCAGAAGUGUCGGACGACUCUGACGAGGGGCAGGAAGUAGCGGAGUAG